AUGGCUGAAGUGGAGGAGCAUGUUGAACUUAAAUUCAGAAUCUAUGAUGGAACAGAUAUAGGUCAUGGCACGUAUGCAUCAUCUACUACUGUUGCCACUAUUAAACAAAGGCUUGUUGCUGAGUGGCCUCAAGAUAAGUCCGUUAUGCCUAAGAUUGUAAGUGAUUUGAAGCUUAUACACGCUGGAAAGUUUUUGGAAAAUAGCACGACACUUGCUGAGUCCAGAGUGCAUGUUGGUGACGAUCCUGGAGGCGUAAUUACAAUGCAUGUGGUGGUACAGCCUCCUGUUGCUAAUAAAAAGACAGACAAGGAUCAGGAUGAGAUGCGAAAGAACAAUUGGUGCUCUUCUGGACAAAGAGGAGUGAAAAUCUCAUUUGCCCCAGCUGAGUUUGUGAUCCCCCCUAGCUGUUGGAGGCAAGACUUUAUUCUCAGUUGUGAUGGGCUUAUAAAAAGGCAAGGCUGCUAUCGGGGUUCUUGUAAGGGACGGGAUCUGUACAAAGGUCCUGGCAUCUUCAAGCCUCCAAGCAGAAGCUAUUGCGGUGAGAGAAGCAUGUCUGGUAGCAAGUGCAGCACAGAUAAAGCAUUCAAGAGUUGAGAGUGAUUGUCAAGUGAUUAUUAAACUGUCCUCAGCUGAAGAUGACUCCCCUUGGGAGAUCAGUGCUCUAGUGGCCGAUAUCAGAUUUUUUGCCAAUCAUCUCCAACUUAGUUUUUUAGGCAAGCCAAGAACCCUAAAUAUUGAAUGAAUGCAACGGUGAUACCAUGCCAUCAUUAAUGACAUGGUAUCACCAACCAAUAA